GCUGUCUGUCUCGUCUCGACGUCUCGUUCAACCCGAAGUCCACCCCUCCUCGACCUCAAUUGAGAAAUUAUCUGGGCUCCCCACCGACCGGAACGAACUCGAACACAAAUGGCUACCUCAAAGGGUCUCCCACGCGACACGUUCGCAAAGCUCUCGCCUCACCCUUUCCUUCUCGCAAACCUCCAGCCGCCCGCUCCCGCCAACGCCGCGAGAAGCAACGGCCGCGCCCCCGACGAAGCCCGCAUUCCCAACGUCAACACCUCUAGCCUGACCCACGCCAAUGGCAGCGCUGUCGUCCGCACGGGCGACACGACCGUCAUCUGCGGCGUGCGCGCCGAGACCAUCCUCGCCGCCGACAUCCCCAACUUCCGCCCCGCCGCGAACCUCGACGAGACCAAGCCCGGCUCGGAGCUGAAAGACUACGACCUGCUCGUCCCCAACAUCGAGCUCGCCACCGGCUGCGCGCCUCAGUUUCUGCCCGGCGUCCCCCCCACGACCCUCGCCCAGACUCUUAGCACGAGAGUGUACUCGUUGCUGCACUCCUCCAAGCUCGUCGACCCUGAGGAUCUGAGAAUAUGGUACACUCGCCCCGCCGAGAGUGCCGAGGCGGAGGAUGACGACGAUGACGACAAGAUGGACGGUGACGCCGAGAAGAGCGGCGAGGGCGAGAAGGCCGUGAUGGCAUACUGGGUCCUCUAUAUCGACAUCUUCUUCAUCUCCUUUGACGGCAACCCUUUCGACGUCGCCUGGACCGCCGUCCUCGCCGCCCUGCGUGACACAACUAUCCCCAUUGCCCGCUGGGACCCCGAUCGCGAGAUGGUGAUCUGCUCGCGCGACGAGCCCAAACCCUUGACGCUGCACGGCUUCCCCGUCGCCUGCACAGCCGGCGUCUUCGCAGAAAAGGAGACAGCGGACCGUCCCUCCGCCGGCAAGUUCUGGACGCUUGUCGACCUCGACACGCUGGAGGAGAAUCUCUGCGACGAGCAGAUCACAGUGGUGGUAGACCGCAGCGGAGGAGACACCAAGGUGCUGUCGAUAUCGAAGCACGGGGGCACAGUGCUGCAGCCGCAGCUCAUACGGGAGUUCGUGGGCGUUGCGGAGCGGAGAUGGGAGCAGGUUUGGAAGGCCAUGGCAUGAAGAUAAUGAUACCCACCAGAAAAGAAAUAAGAAGAAUUCAAGAUUUGGGAAGGAGUGGUGGGAAGGAAGAUUUCGUUUCCUUCGAUACUAAGCCUCCUGAUUCUACACAACAACCAUAUACCACUGGACGAUGGCAAACGGACCCUCCUUGUGUGAGCAUUGAUGGCCUUUCCCCUCCCCUUUCAUUUAUCC